UUGGGGCGGAAGGACUCGGGGGGCGGGGCUGUGGGAUGAGCGGAAGCGCGUUGGGGAGCCGGUGUCGUACGUGUCAGCCAGAUGUCUCCCUGGUCCAGGUCAUGCUCUUCUCCUUCCUCCCCAGCCAAUCUGUACAUGCAAUGAUCUGCUUUUGUUCUGAUUUGUCCUGUUGCAGCAGUUCCUGGUACUGGACUGUAUGAGCACUUGGAUUCUGAUGAGCUCUCUUUGAAGAUCUAUGGCUGGUACUACUCCAUACCCUCAGAAGCUGGAUAUUUGGUUUAUAAGUACUGAUAUGUUCCUGCUGAUCACUUCCCAUCUGAAGUCCUAAUCUGUAGUGGCAUCAAAAUUGGUUGCUACGGAAUCAAGUGACAUGGAGAAAAUGUGUUUAAGAUGGUCCAUCCAGAAGAUUUGUAACUUUGUGAAGAUCUUGCUUUUGACUAAUAUGUAAAUACCAUGACAACUUCAAAUUGAAUUAUUUUUCUUGAAAUCGAGACUCAUCUGUUGCCUUCAUCAGAAAUGUUUUUAACAUUUUCAAGAAAAAGCAUGUCCCAGAAACUGAGUUUGUUGUUGCUGGUGUUUGGAUUCAUUUGGGGCUUGAUGUUGCUGCGCUAUACUUUUCAGCAUCCAAGGCACCAAAGCAGUGCUGAAUUGCGUGAACAGAUACUAGACUUAAGUAAAAGAUAUGUGAAAGCCCUGGCAGAAGAAAAUAAGAACAUAAUGAAUGGUGGUAAUGGAGCCUCAAUGGCAGGAUAUGCUGAUCUCAAAAGAACAAUUGCAGUUCUUCUGGAUGACAUCUUACAGCGUCUGGUGAAAUUGGAAAACAAAGUUGACUACAUUGUUGUGAAUGGCUCAGCAACAAAUACCACCAAUGGAACCAGUGGUAAUCUGGUGCCAGUAACUACAAGUAAACGUGUAAAUGCAGCAAGCAAUAUUAGAUAACAUACAAGAUCACCUUAUGCUACUUUAUCAUAGAUUCAAUUUGAUUCAAGAAAAGCUUUUUACCUCUGGGUAGGCAAAGCAAUAGUUGACACUAACAUGUCGUACACUGUUCUGCUAUAGAAUGUGCUGGGAACAUGCAGUCCCAACUUCUGUACAUAAGGUUCUCAAAGGAUUAAUUUGUUGCUUUCAGACAGUUCUGUUAAAGCAGUGCUGUACAAUAUCGUAUUUAAAGAUAUUCUGGUAACUUGGCUGAUACAGUAUGUCAAAUGGGUCAUACUUUGUAAUGUUUGAAGUUAAACUAAAAUGGAAAGAUAUAUAUUCACUUCUAAAAUAUAUUUAUUUAAAUAAAAAUUUAAACAUCUUUUUGGAUAGAUUGAUUAUAUAGCUUAAUCAUUUUUUGUGUGAUCUGUUUUAAACAGGGAACUAAGGAUAAUGUAAUGUUAGAAGAUGUGUAUUAUUUACAGUACAGUAUUUUGUUACUUAUUAAUUUGCUAGUGAUAUGUUGAAGAUAACAUUGAGAUAAUGUUUUAAAAAUUGCAACCCAAAGAAUGUCUUUAUUUGCACUACCUGCUAGAAUAGCUAGAGAGAAUUUAUUGUAUAUUAAAAAAAAUCAAUUAUAAUGAAAAUCUUGGGUAGCAACACUGUUCAGAUAUCUUUGCUCCACAAAUAGAUCAGUUAGAUUAUCAAAGGCAAAACAAUCUCUGAUAUCAUGCAUAGCUAUUUCAUAGAAAGAUAUUUGUGUGUGUAUUUUGUAACUUCAGGUAAGUUAUUUAAGAGAUGGAAGUCAGUUUUCAGAGGUGAAUAUCUUUAUUUAUUGCUGUUUCUUUUUAAUAUUUAAGUAUCUUGUAGCGUGUGACAAAUAUAGCGCAUCAUCUCCUUAAGUUACUUUUUUAAACAGGAGGGAGUAGGUAAAUUAAGUUGAAGGGAAGCAGUGCAUCUUGGCAUAUAUAGUAAAGAGAUGCAUGUGCUAAUGGUGUUUUAUGAGGGACAUAGGUGGAAGCUAAGGUUACAUUGCCUUAUAUCCACGUUAGCCUUACAGCAAUGAAGUUUGCAGUGAGGGUGCACUAUAUUCCAAAAUGUGCUUUCUGCAUCAUAAAUGCUAAAAUGAAAGUGCCAUUCAGCCCUAAGUUUUUUAAAACUAUAUUGAGUGGUGGUUGUGUUUUUUGGUUUUUUUUUUUUUUUUUAGAAUUAUGUUCAGUAAUAUUUGCUUUAAAUAUGCUGUGUAAUAGCUUUUUAAUAUUUUAUUUAAAAAAAUGGAAUAAGACCAGAAGUGCUGGAUGACACAUGGUCUCAAGGUUUUCUGCUUUUCUCUCUGAUGAUAGUCGGGACUGGUCUAGAGGAAAGUAGAAUAUAUAAAUAAAACUUGAGUUAGUGUCCAACUU